AAGGUUUAAAAAAUCUCACACAAACUGACUCUCAAGUCUCACACCCUCGCCCCCACAUAAAUAUUCCUGCUACUUAUAACGGUGGCUGCUAAAACAAAUUAGUUCGUUGUUAAAUAUGGGUAUAGUUGAAGAAGCACACAACGUGAAGAUCCUUGGGUCAGGCGAGCAAACCGUAGUGUUAGCCCAUGGGUUCGGAACAGACCAGUCGGUGUGGAAACACUUGGUUCCUCACUUGGUUGACGAUUAUAAGAUCAUAUUGUUUGACAAUAUGGGUGCUGGAACUACUAAUCCUGACUACUUUGACUUCGAGCGAUAUUCUAGUCUAGAAGGCUAUGCUUAUGAUGUGAUUGCUAUUUUAGAGGACCUCAAAAUUCCUGGUUGCAUUUACGUUGGCCACUCUGUUUCUGCCAUGAUUGGCGUCAUUGCUUCCAUCGCUCGUCCUGAUCUUUUCACCAAACUUGUCACUGUCUCUGCCUCUCCAAGGUAUCUGAAUGACUCGGACUACUACGGAGGAUUUGAACAGGAAGAUCUGGAUCAAUUGUUCGAAGCAAUGAGAUCAAAUUACAAAGCAUGGUGUUCAGGAUUUGCACCCUUAGUUGUAGGAGGAGACAUGGAUUCUGUGGCAAUUCAGGAAUUCAGCAGGACAUUAUUCAACAUGAGGCCAGACAUAGCACUAAGUGUGUUACAAAUCAUAUUCCUAAGUGAUUUAAGGCAUUUGUUGGCUCGUGUAACUGUCCCAUGCCACAUAAUUCAGAGCAUGAAGGACCUGGCCGUGCCUGUGGUGGUGUCCGAGUACCUCCACCAGCACCUCGGUGGCGAAUCUAUCGUGGAGGUGAUGUCCACGGAAGGCCAUCUGCCGCAACUCAGCUCACCGGAUGUUGUUAUUCCGGUGCUGCUUCGCCAUAUUCGUCAUGUUAUUGUCGUUUGAUUAUUACUAGUACUAGAUAGUGUAGCAGCAAGCUAAGUUCAAUUGCUUGGAAUAAUGGAUGUUGUACAAAAUUGACCAUCUUGCGUUGUAGUUGCCAUCUCCAUCUCUUGUUAAGUUUUAACGAGUAUGCUGGAUGCAUCAGCAUAAGAUACCAAAAAGGAAAAGGUCAAACGUAUUGAGGCAAAAUGUAGGUCCAUGGAAUGAGAUUAAUGGGCAGCGUUGGAUGGUUUUCUCCCUUUUAACUACUA